ACGUUAUGCAUAGCUAUGCACAGUUCUCGCUUCUUUACACACGUGGACACAUAGCUGUUCCCAUGAGUGGCUCCAGGAAACUUUUUCGCAAACUUAAUUUAGGAAACGAACUACUUUACGCAUUGUUUGGGGGGAGGGUCGCAGGACGAAUGCAAAGCCCCCACACAGGAGCCCCCGCAUAAUCUGUAAUGUGACAAAAAGAGCUGUUGGAGGGCGGGCCACGUUACAGCAUAGAUAAAAAGCCCAUAUGCUGUUCUCCAAUGACACAGCAAGCGACGUCAGGCUCUGAUAUUACAUUUACCAAAGUUGAACCUUCGGAGCCCUCCAACGUGGCGAUCUCCCUGCCACCCAAAGAGUGCGAUAAAAAUACAGCAGGGGUCUGAACGGCAGGACUAACAACAGAACAGAUAACAGAGAAGCUGUCAGACGAAGUUUACGGUUUUAACAAAAACUACAAGGCAACUCCCCCCCUUGAAACGGGGCAGCAAGAUGGAGAAGCUGCCGUUGCCCAGUGAUGAGGAUGGCUGUAGACUGGCUGAAGGCCGUUCUGACCUGGCUCUGGUCUCACUAGAUGAGUGUGAGGUUUUGGGUGUUGAGGAGCAGGGAGACGACAGGCCUGCUUGGGACAGUAAGAUACAGUAUGUGCUCGCCCAGGUGGGAUUCAGUGUUGGCCUGGGAAACGUCUGGAGGUUCCCUUACCUCUGUCACCAAAAUGGAGGAGGUGCCUUUAUGGUACUGUACGUGAUGCUGUUGCUCAUUAUUGGGGUUCCUUUGUUCUUCAUGGAGUUGGCCGCGGGGCAGAGCAUUCGCCAGGGCAGCAUCGGUGUCUGGAAACACAUCUCACCCCGCCUCGCAGGCAUCGGCUACUCUAGCUGCAUGGUGUGCUUCUUUGUGGCCCUGUAUUAUAAUGUGAUCAUUGCGUGGGCGCUGUUUUAUAUGGGAAAUUCAUUUCAAUAUCCAUUGCCGUGGGAAAAGUGCCCUGUCGAUCUGAUCACAAACCAGACAGUGAAGGAAUGUGCAGCAAGCUCUCCUACCUCAUAUUUCUGGUUCAGAAAGGCUCUGGACAUUUCAGACUCCAUAGAUCAGUCAGGAGAAUUUAACGGCAUCAUGACUGGUUGUCUUCUUGCUGCCUGGGCCGUAGUGUGUCUUGCAAUGAUCAAAGGCAUCAAGUCUUCUGCAAGGGUGAUGUAUUUCUCCUCUGUGUUUCCUUACGCUGUGCUGAUCUGUUUUCUCAUCCGGGGGCUCAUGUUGGAUGGGGCCAUAGAUGGCAUCAAGUACAUGUUUUAUCCUAAGCUGGAGAUUUGGGGGGAGGUGCAGGUGUGGCGCCAGGCAGCGACGCAGGUGUUUUUUGCCUUGGGUCUCGGUUACGGCUCUGUGAUUGCUUAUUCAUCCUACAACCCUGUACAUAAUAACUGCCACCGUGAUGCCCUUAUGGUCUCUGGCAUCAACUUCAUGACAUCAGUGUUGGCCUCUCUUGUCGUCUUCGUGGUCCUCGGUUUCAGAGCCAAGAACAUUGCGCUAAAAUGUGUUGAAACUAAUGUGGCCACACUGGCACAAAUGGCAGAAACAGGAUCAUCCCAGCAUUGGUGGCCAUGGUUUAACAUGUCUGACCCCAAAUCCGUAGAACUUCAGGAAUACAGAGAAUGGUACGGCCACUAUGGAAGUAUGCUAGGGUCGAAUAUAACUGACUGUGACCUGGAAAGAGAAAUGAGCAAGGGUGUGGAGGGGACGGGUUUGGCGUUUAUAGCAUUCACAGAAGCGAUGGCUUUGUUUCCUGCAAGUCCGUUUUGGUCAGCUUUGUUCUUUCUCAUGCUGUUAAAUCUGGGUCUGUCAACCAUGUUCGGCACUAUGCAGGGGAUUCUCACCCCACUUAUGGACAACUUCAGAGCACUGGGGCGUCACAAGACCAUGUUAACAGUAUGCAGCUGUAUCCUGGGCUUUAUCAUUGGCCUGCUCUUUACUCAAAAAAGUGGCAACUAUUUUGUGACGAUGUUUGACGAUUAUUCCGCCACAUUGCCACUGAUCAUCGUUGUCAUUUUUGAGACCAUCAGCGUGGCUUGGAUUUAUGGUGCUGAUCGGUUUUUGGACGAUAUCGAGGUGAUGCUACAAUGGCGCCCUCCAGUGUUGUAUCGCUACUUGUGGAAAUAUGUGUGCCCACUUGGUAUGAUGGGGCUGCUGGCUGCUAGUCUUCUUCGUAUGGUCUUCAAAAGACCCACUUACACAGCGUGGGACCACAGCACGGGUUCUGAAACUAGUCUCGAGUACCCUGACUGGGCACUGGCAAUGCUCUCCAUGCUUAUCAUCGCAGCAACGCUCCCUGUUCCCAUUGGCUACCUCAUCUCGUUUCUCAAGAAUAGGCGGAGCCUAACCACGGAGGAGGACGAAGCUGAGCGUCCAACAGAACAUUACACCAAAUGCAAUUCCACAGAGGAAGAAACAAAUAACCAUCACUCUCCACAGAAUGAAAACAACAGUCAGCACCAUUCCACUUUCCUGACUCGGAGUAUCGAGCACUACAGACUGAUCCCACAACGGGAGGAUGCUGAGGAAGAGGAAGACACACUGGUAUGAGACAUGGGGAAAGGUGGACAGGCAGGGACUUUACAUGCAGUAAGAGAUAAACAGGUGGUUUGCACAUAUAGACAGUGAGCAGAACAAUAAAACUAUUUAUUAACCAGUACUGGAGUUUUUGAAAAUGGGGGGCAAGCUCCAUUUAUUCUCAUUAUGCUAAUGAACAUUCAUGAAACCCUCUAUAAGAUGGACACUUUUAUGUGUACCAGUCUUUGAAUUACUUUGUUACUGGAUCUCUAAACAAAUGUACUUCAGUGAUGUGUCCUAUUAGAAGUGCCUACAUUAUAGGUGCAGCAUGCCCACUUUUUAUUCUAAUGUACAAUGUUGUCAUUUACUCUUCUGAAAGAAUGAGGGUGAGUAAAUAAUCACAACUUUUUGGGUGAUUCUUUUAAUGGCACCCUUACACUAAAAAGGCCUAUAAUGCGCACAAUUUAUAUUCACUUGCAAGUGAAUAUAACUUGCAAUUUUAUAUUUCUGCAAGUCAAGCAACUACAGUCAGGGGUGGAUUUAUCCAUUAGGCAAAAGUCUGCAAUGGCCUUGGGCCCUCAGCUACCAAGGGGCCCCAAAAAUGCAGGGGUGUACUGUAGUCCACAGUUUAUCUGGUGAAAGCUUUAAAAAUUUCAGUAUUAUGCAGAAAUAGUUACAGUGCUGUAAAAAAUGGUUUGGCUGUUCCCGUUUAAAAAAAAAUGCAUAUUUGUCACAAUUAAAUAUUUCAAACUGAUUUUAAUAUUACACAAAAAUAAUAAAAAGUAAAUACAAAAUUAAGUUUUUAAAUUAUGAUUUAAUUAAUUAAAGAUAAAAGCCAUCAAAACCAACAUGGCCCUGUGUGAAAAAGUAAUUCCCCCUUCAAAGUAAUUGACAUGUAUCAGUCUGGAAAGGGUUAGUAAGCCAUUUCUGAGGCUUUGGGACUCCAGCGAAGCCAUUUUCCACAAAUGGAGAAAUCUUGGAACAGUGGUGAAUCUUCCCAGGAAAUACUCCCAAGAGCACCUAGACGACUCAUUCAGGUCAUAAAAGAAUGAAAAGCAACAUCUAAGAAACUGCAGGCCUCACUUGUCCCAUUUAAACUCUGUUUAUGACUCCACAAUAAGAACUAAACUAAGGUUUUUGAGUGGCCUUGUCAAAGUCCAGACUUAAAUCUGAUUGAGAUGCUGUGGCAUGAGCUUAAACCCUCUAGUUUGGCUUAAUUCUGCAUAUAAGAGUGUGCCAAAAUUCCUUAAAAGCAAUGACUCUGCCAAGGGUGGCACAACCAGUUGGUUUAUGGGGCGGUUACUUUUUCACACAGGGCCAGAUUAGCUUAGGGAGCUAUUAAAUCAUUGCCUUUUAUAUUUUCUUGUGUUAUCUUUGUGUUGUAUUAAAAUUAGUUUGAAGAUCUGAAUCAUUUUAAGUGUAA